AGGAAAUCUGCCAUGAACUCCCUAAAUUCAGACCCAUCUAUUAAUAUAACUUUUGUACAUCCUCCAUUCUUUUUCAUUAAUGGCUUCUAUAAUAUUCCUCAUGUCAAAUACUACUAUAUUUUCCUGUGCUUUGUUUAUGUGGUCACUGUGUUAGGCAACUCCUUUGUCAUGUUUAUUAUAUGCACAGAACGCAGUUUUCACACUCCAAAGUAUCUUGCUCUCUUUAAUUUAGCUGUAGCUGACUUGUGUGAAAGCACUGCUCUCAUUCCUAACUUAAUUAAAACAUUUCUUUUUGACUCUCAGUACAUCUCCUUUAAUGCUUGCAUGGCAAAUAUGUUUUUUGUGUUUUUCUUCAGCAGUAUGCAGUCUCUCACUCUUACUGUUAUGGCCUAUGACAGAUUUGUUGCAAUCUGCUUACCACUCAGAUACCACACCAUUAUCACUAACACAACAAUGGCUGUGGUGUUGACAAUUGUAUGGACAUACGAUUCAAUAUUUGUUAUUUCAGCAAUAGCUUUGAUAACCAGGCUGUCCUUCUGUAAAUCUAUUGUGGUAGAUAGCUACUUCUGUGAUCAUGGGCCCAUAUACAAAAUGGCUUGCAAUGACAAUUACCCUAAUUCUGCCUUGGCAAAAGUAAAUAUGGUAUUAUUCCUUUAUCUACCAUUGACUUUGACAGUGUUAUCAUACUUGUUUAUUACAUGUGCACUGUUCAAAAUUGCAACACGGGAAGGACGAUUAAAAGCUUUGAAGACCUGUUCUUCCCACCUAAUACUGGUGGCUAUAUAUUAUUUACCAAUUAUGGGCACCUACAUUGCUGCACUAACUUUUACCCUUCAUCCUAAUGCCAGGAUAAUAAACACAUCACUCUCCUAUGCCAUUCCACCAAUGCUGAAUCCAAUUAUUUACGUGCUGAAUACAGAGGAAAUCAAGGAAUGCAUAAAAAAACUUUUCAAAAAGCAAAAGGUCACUGUAACUGAAACAACCAUUCAAAUAAAUAACUGA